AUGGCGAAGCGAACCAACCACCUCUGCACCAAUCCCAAUUCUGAUCCGAACCAACCACCCCAAGAUGACGAUUCCCUCAUAACCCAAGUCCUCCAACUCCUCCGACCCAAUGAGAAAGACUGGAACUUUGACCAACUCCACACCCUCCUCUUCCCCAACUCAACCUCUCCUUCUCCUCGCUCCUUUUUCCUCAUCACUCGCCGCCUCGGUGCUCCCUCCAAAGCCCUCAAAUUCUUCGAUUACGUCUCCGAAAACGUUGCAGGAACCCCUCCAGGAUCCAAGGCUUUGCUUUCCUCCGCAUUCCAGGCCCUUCUGGAGCUCACAUUGCAAGAGCCCACCUCGGAAAAGAAGCUCUUUGAGCUUUACAAGAUGGCCAAGGACCGGAAUGUCCCGCUGAAUAUCAAGGCCGCAGGUCUGCUUGUUCGGUCCAUGGGCGCGGCUGGGAUGGAGGACGAGGCUCUCACAGUGUUUAACGAGCUUCAUUUGGGGUUGAAAACUACUCAUAUUCGCAAUGUAGUGAUUGGGAUGUUGCUGAAGAUUGGGCGAGUAGAUGAUGCACUGAAGGUGCUCGACGAAAUGCUUCACCCAGGGCCAGAAGCGAAGUUUCGGGUUGAUGACUUUACCGGCGAUGUUGUGAUCGGCUCAUUAUUGAGGAGAGAGCAGAUAGGGAUGAGUGUCAGUGAGGAAGAAAUUGUGGAGUUGGUGUCGAAAUUUGGUAAGCAUGGUGUGUUUCCUAAUAACACAAUACUUACGAAAUUGGUCACUGUUUUGUGUAGGAAUAGGAAGGUUGGUAUUGCUUGGGAUGUUCUACAUGAUGUCAUGAAGAUGGGUGGUGCUGUAGAAGCUACUUCGUGCAAUGCGCUUUUGACAGCUUUGGGAAGAGAUAAUGAUUUUAAGAGGAUGAGUGAGCUUAUGGCGAAGAUGGAAGAGAUGGGCAUUAAGCCCGAUGUUAUAACUUUUGGUAUUCUUAUUAAUCGGUUAUGCAAGUCCAGGAGAAUAGAUGUUGCCUUGGAGGUGUUUGAAAAGAUGAGUGGAGGGGUAAAGGGGGUUUCCGCUGAACUAGAUGUGAUCGUCUAUAACACUCUGAUUGAUGUACUUUGCAAAGUGGGAAGGCAGGAAGAAGGAUUGCGUUUGUGGAUUCCGAUAUGCCUUUUUGUGAUAGAAAGGAGAGAUGAGUAG